AUUGCAUUAAUGAAGUACAUUGCUGCUUAUGCUUUACUCGUUUUAGGAGGAAACAAUGCCCCAACUGAGGACGAUAUUACAAAAUUACUUAAAGAAGCUGGAGUUGAAUCGGUUGCUGCAGAUGUUAAGAAUGUGGUUAGUACAUUAAAAGGAAAAAAUUUGAACGAUGUUAUUAAAGAAGGGUAAAAGCAAUUGACAAGUUUGUCAGUAGGAGGAGGAGCAUAAUAAAGCUCUGCUCCUGCACCAUAAGCAACAACUGCUGCUUAAACAGCUCCAGCAGCAAAAGUUGAGCCACCAAAGAAGGCUGAAGAACCAGAAGAAGAUGUUGAUAUGGGAGGACUCUUUGAUUGAGUAUUCAUUAAGUUUCAUGUAUAUUCAAUAAUUGUAUAAAUUUCUUAUA